AACACGCUACCACGGCGCUCAGUGGAGUAAAGUUCUCCUGAAUUCGUCCUCUAACCGAGCCGCUAACCGAGCUUUUAAAAUGUCUAAAAUCGAGAUGUUACGGCUGCUGAUCAACCAGCGGCUCACCGAGGCCGCGGAGGAGAUCUUCGGGGUGUUCGGGAGAACCAUCGCCGAGUACGAGGAGGAGAUCUCCCGCUCCAAGCUGGAGAUCGACCGCCAACGCCGGCUGCUGGACCUGGCCAGGAAGCCGAGGAUCUCUCUGGAGUUCAACAGCUCUGAGCUCCAUGGGCGGCUGGACUGGAGCUCUGGUCUGGAUCCGAGCAAGACUGAACCUCCUCACAUAAAAGGCGAGGAAGAGGUGGUGGAGGACAAUGAGGAGGAAACGGUGGAGCAGAACAAUGAAAGUUUUUUUAUAUUCCAGAACAGCAGUGUAAAAAACGAGGAAGAGGAGGAUGGCCACGUUACCCCCUCCACCUCAAAUUUCCCGUGUCAGGACUUGGAAAUGGACCCUCAGCCAGGCCCCUCUGUCCCUCAGAGCUCCUCAGACCUGGAUGAAGACGUUCCUGAAGCUUCAGAUCCAGGUCAGGAUAACGGUCAGCUGGACUGUUUCGAAGUGGAGCAGCCGCUGGCAGAGGUUCUGGGCUCAUACAUCUGCUCCGUCUGUGGCUUGGUGUUUGAUCGGCGAACUCAAUGGGCCGAACACAUGCAGGUGCACCGCAAGGGGGACCCCAAAGGGGACCGGUCAUUCACCUGUGCCAUCUGUGGGAAGAGACUCACGCGCUUUGACGGUUAUCAGAAACACCUCAGAGUGCACACGGGGGAGAAACCGUACGGCUGUGCUCAGUGCGGCCGAAGAUUCAGUGACAACUCCAAUUACAAACGACACAUUCGCACUCACAUGGGACAGAAAACACAGCAGAGCUCAGGGUGAUGGACAGAGACUGAGGACAGAGUGGAGGGUCAAACCUUCAUCAAAGGAGCUUUAAUGCACUCAGCCAUGAAAAUCAGCCAAAACAUAUUUGAUAUGAAUAGGUAUGAAGUUCUUCCUGUUUCUUUGUUUUCUCACAAACGCAACACUCCUGAGAAUUUCUUCUUUCUUCUGUGCAGCUGUUGCUCAUCUAGUUUCAUCUGUUUUUGCUUUAUGGAGUCUGUGCAUCUAUUAGCUCUUGCAUGGUAGUUUUGCUCUCAGCCUGCAGUGAUAGUUGCAAGACAGUCUUACAGCCCAUGAGUUGCUCUGUUCUCCUCCACCAGUUACUUGUCCUGACUGAUUGCUUCCAGCACCUGUUGAGGUUUGUUUAAUUAAUGGUAUACCUCCCCUUUAUUCAUCUUUUGACCUUUUUCUUAUGAGCACCGUUAUGACCUAAUGAGUGGGAAGAGUAGGAAAAAUGUAUCAUCAGCCUCCUCCAGGUUGGUCUGUGUUGUUGUGUAUUUCAGCAUGUUAUGAGCGUUGGAGUUGAAGUGGCUGCUCGCAGUAAACAAUGAAGUGUGGAGUGAAUUUUCAAUCUCAUGAGGUUGCAUGCAGUUUGUGACAGUGGAAGCAGCAACUUGAGGUAUUGAUCACGUGUCUUAGCACUUUAUACUGGUAUAGAAGUGCCCCACCAUAUAACCUGCAGCCAACUUUAGAUGAAAAUGGUAUUGAAAGUGCAGCUUAUACACCAGAAUUUACAGCAGUCAAGCUCUAGUAUGUUCUUUUUUGCUCACCAGGUCAUACUGAUAUCACAUCCAAUUUCAUGUACCAUUGACAUAAAGGAAAUCAGACCUAUCACCUGAUGGAUAAAGUCUAGUGGUGGAUGAAAAAGACUGGAGUGACAUAUCUGGCACUUAUGUCAUAAGCAAGUACUGACCUUUACCUUUGACCUCCAAAAUAUAAUAAUUUCAACCUGGACUCAUGUCCAAAGUUCCAUAAAAAAUCAUCAUAGUGUUCUUGAGACUAGCCAGGACAUACCAAAACCAUAUCACCAGCAUGGGGGCAUAAAAGCUGUCACCAUAACGUUGGACAUUGCUUUGCCUAGCAUCUAGGAUGUAUUUUGAUUUGCAAAAAAGAUGAACUAACACUCAUAAAUGUCAAUUUAGUGUCUUUUAUACUUGGCCAGGGCAUCAUACAGACUAAGGGUAAGAGCCAAAUCACGCUCUUUGUAGCCUGUAUGCUGCCAUUGCUCAGAAUUAUAGACACUAAAAGGGCAUGUAUCUGUGCUGGCUGUUAAGUUUUCUUUAAAGUCCUUUUUAAUCAAACGGCCAAUACGUUUAUGUUAUUUGGAGUUUAAGUGUGCAUAUUUUCACUUUUUUAAAAUCUUUUGAUUUAGAAACGAGCUUCUGAAACUCUGAAAAAUGCCACGAGGGGCAUGUGAAUAACAAUACUGUCAUUUUUAGGAAGGCAUGUGGGAAAACAACAAGGUACAAUGCAAAAAUAUUUAUUUAUAGUUGUGUUUUUGAUGUUAGGGGCUUACAGUUUUUUCCUUUGGUUUUCAAACAAGAAAAAUGAAACAGAUAGUUAAAAAUGUAUUAAUGGUAGUGGCAAACAACAUAGUGGUACUUCAGGGUUCGUCUUUCACCUCUGGCUGAUAUGUAUGUCUGAAAUAAUUCGAUAUCGCCUCCUCUGUUCUAUAUUUUCUGUUCUAUAUUUUUAGUUAUGUACUGGCAUUAUCUGAAAUAUAUUCAGUAAUUUUCUAAGCCAGGGAAAUUGUUAUUUUUAUAUAAUUGCAUCGGUAUGUCAUGGCUGAUGUUUAUGCAUGACAAAGGAACCAGGGAUUACGAACCCACCACAAUAUCAAUUAAUUGGGUGUGGUCCCAUUAGACAUUUCAAGCUUAAAAAUGGAAUUCCUGUUUUGUUUCACAAAUGAUCCCAGAAUGCUUGCAAAUAGCUUUGCAGCCUGGAUCAGGGAGGCCACUUUUAACCACUUUUCCCCCUCAUCAUGUGAUAUUCAUCCAUGGAUUAAGAAUGGAUUUGUUGUUAAAUACGCCUUCUGGAGAGUACUUUUUAGAGUCCUUACUUCAGAACAAGAAGACAGCAGUGAAGGUUGGGGGGCUGAACUCGUAAUCUUUAAACAUUUUGAUUUAGAGCCUUCCAUAGGUGGAAAUUACAUUAUUUGCAGUUUAAACAAAAGAGGAAGAGUAUUGUUAUUGUAAUUCUUUUGCUGAGCCAACUUUCCUACAACUCUUCGUAUUUGUGUGACUAUGAUGGUGGACAAAGAAAAAAGCAUAUGUUGUAUUUUUAUUUAUUUUUAUUUUUUUUAAGAGGAACUGUACAGCUCUUCACAAAUGAAUAAAAAGUUUUCUUACAGUCUCUCAUGGUCCGGUUUGAUGUUGAAUGUGUUUUUAAAAAUAUGUGAAUACUUGAGGUUUGAUUAAUUCAUUUUUACAGCAAUCAUAAAGAUAUUAAGAAGGCUGUUAGAGAGGAAAGUUAAGUUUUGUAUUUUGAACUUCAGGAUCAUUUGGAUCUCUGUAAGG